GAUCUAUGACUCACUGGAUACUAUUCCACGGUCAGUUUUAUAUCUAUUUUAUAUAUAUAUAUAUAUAUUUAUACAAUUUUAUAUAUGUAGAGUUUAUUUCCUCUGUGAUUGCACAUUGUACUUUUCCUUCAAAGGGGAAUUUUUUCAAAGUUACAAUAUAUUCAAAAUCACAAAUGGUAUUUGUUUCAUGGUCAGAAACGAAAUUAAAUAUUUAUCAUCUUUAUCUACAUUUGUCUCUUUUUCUGCAUUAGGUCUCAGAAGCUGUUGAAAAGUUUCCUGCUGCCUGAACUGACAAUAGAGCCUCAUAUAAAGGACACCCCUGUUUUACACCUACGGAAUAUUGCUUAAUAGGUAUUAAUCUGAAGAAAUAUAUUGUAUUGUAAAGCUUUUGACAGACUACCAACCUUCUGAACACCCAGAGAGCAUUUCAUUUUUGCCUGAUCAGAAGCACCUGAUGUUACUGCAUACACUGCAAUGGAAACUCUAAGACAAAUACAAAGUUUUGGUAUCUGUGUUACUUGUACAUAUCCUAUAGCAUCCGGUAUGGUGUUUGCCACUUUUCUAGUUUCUUGCUGCUCAUCUCUGAACAUAAGAGCUCGCCCACUUCUUUCUAAUUCACCUUUCCUUUCUAUCUGGAAUGCUCCUACAGAACUUUGUACUGAAAAGACUGGAGUGCAGCUGGACAUGAAAUUUUUUUCUCUUAUUGGAAGCACACUGAAGACAUCCAUUGGGCAAAACAUCACUCUUUUCUAUCCAGACAGGCUUGGCUACUAUCCUUACAAAAAUGAAGUCACAGGAGAGGCAUUCAAUGGAGGACUCCCUCAACUCUCACUGCUGGAGAAUCAUUUAAAAAAAGCCAAAGAGGACAUCCAGUUCUAUAUUCCUUCAGAUGAACAGUUUGGAUUGGCUGUCAUUGACUGGGAAAACUGGAGACCUGUAUGGAUAAGGAACUGGGGAUCAAAGGACAUUUAUAGACAGGAAUCCAUUGAACUGGUUCAGCAGAGAGACCUCAGUCUAUCAGAAGCUGAAGCCAGGACUAUAGCUAAAAUGGAAUUUGAAGCUGCAGCAAAAUCAAUUAUGUUGGAAUCUUUAAAGCUGGGCAUAGAAAUGAAGCCAAAUCGUCUGUGGGGAUAUUACCUUUAUCCAGACUGUUAUAAUUAUGAUUACAAACAAAAUCCACAUAAUUAUACAGGAACCUGUUUAGAUAUUGAAAUAGAAAGAAAUAAUGAGCUUAAUUGGUUAUGGGAGAAAAGCACAGCACUUUAUCCAUCUGUCUAUCUGGAGACAGCCUUAAGAUCUUCCAGAAAUGCCCAGCUCUUUGUUCGCAACAGAGUUCAAGAAGCCAUUAGAAUUUCGUAUGUCUCUAAUUCUACUCAUCCCCUUCCAGUUUUUGUAUAUACACGUCCAGUAUUCACGGAUGUCUGUGAGGAAUAUCUCUCCCAGGAUGACUUAGUAAAUACCAUCGGAGAAUCUGCUGCACUGGGUGCUUCUGGAAUUGUGAUCUGGGGUGAUAUGAAUUUAACACAGAAUAAGAACACCUGUAGAACUCUGGAUAACUACCUUAGGAGGACUUUGACCCCGUACCUCAUCAAUGUCACGAUGGCGGCCAGAAUCUGUAGCCAAGUGUUAUGCCAAGACUCUGGUGCUUGUGCACGGAAAAAAUGGAAUUCCAAUGACUAUCUUCACUUGAACCCUGACAACGUUGUCAUUCAAAUGAUGAAGGAUGGAAAAUACACUCUAGAAGGGCAACCGUCAUUUCAGGAUCUGCAAACAUUCAUUGAAAAAUUUGAUUGCCACUGUUACGCAGGGCACAGUUGUGAACCUAGAGCUGAUAUAAAUGACAUCCAUUACCUCCAUGCUUGCAUUUCGGAAGAUAUUUGCAUUCAGAUAUCCUUAAAUUCAUUUUCUAAUAUAGAAGUCUCUGAAGAAAAGAUCCUGUCUAACAGAACUGCAUUUUCAUUUACCUCUCAGAGUAAGGUGACAUUAUCUACGCAUCCUGAAAUAGAAGAAUUCCGAUCUACCUUUGGAAAUAAUAUACUCAAUAUAACAACUGCAGAAUAUGACACUGUCACAGCUGCCACUAGAUAUGAUUUAGAAGGAAAUGAUACUCGUACUUUCAGUAGUUCUUCAUCCUAUAAGAUAAGGAUGUUUAGUCAGGUUUUUUUAAUUCCAAUUUUGAUAACCUUAAUAUAAAUUACCCACAACAGUGAGAAUAAUCUUUUUCCUGGCUGUAUUUGA